CGAGGCAACAUAGUACGUCACUUUUUGUUAUCAAAAAUGUUAAAUGAAUCUUGAUAAUAAUUCUUUCCCUUCUUGAUUAUUUUCUUCAUUUGUAAUGACUAAUUCAAGUCUUAGAAACUUUCGAUAAGAAUUUAACGAAUUCGUUUCCCUGUUAUUAUAAUAACUUCAAUUCUUUUCAGCUAAUCAUAUAAAUUUAUUUUAAACAAAAUUGAUAGCUGUCAGAAACUGUCAUGUAGAAAAAAAAACUAGAAGCAACUGUCAUUUUCUUCUAUUACAUGAAAGUUUCCCUGAAAACGUGUUGAAAAGGUCUUAGUUGUUAACCAUGUCAUCUGGAAUAGUAUAUUCAGCUGUUGCAAGAGCUGGAGUCAUUUUAGUCAGCUGUCAGAGAGUAGCUGGAGACUUUGAAACAACAGUGAACGCAUUUUUACCUAAUGUCCCUGUUGAGCGUAACACCAAAACUUGCUAUCAGUCUGGAAUAUAUAAUUAUCAUAUUUUGGUAGAAGAUUUGCUCAUAUACAUUUGUGCUGCAGAAUCUGACUUCGGGAAAAAUGUGCCCUUUGCUUUUCUUAAUGAAAUAAAAUCAAAAUUUACAAAUGGAAGUCUUGCUAUUAGAGCUUUGAUGGCAUCUGAGCAUGAAUUUGACAGAGAUUUUAGUUACAUUUUAAAGGACCAAAUGAUAAAGUACACCACAGAUGUUCCUGCAGAUGGCGUUGGAAGGGUGAAACAGCAAGUCCAAGAAGUGAUGUCAGUAAUGUCUGAUAAUAUUAAUAAAGUAGUUGAUCGGGGAGAAAGACUAGAAUCCCUGCUAGAUAAAACAAAUGAGCUUGAAGUAUCAUCGUCACAGUUCCAUUCAACAGCAAAACGGGUUCGACGGCACAUGUGGUGUAAAAACUUCAAAGUGUGGGUGAUAUGCUUUCUUAUUGUUGCAAUUAUUAUCACUCUUAUUAUACUGUUAGCCACAAAUACAAUACCUAUUAGAAGUUGAGAUUUAUUUAUUACAUUUUGAUGUUGCUCAGUGUUAAGCUAUUUUUGUAGAGAAUAAAUAAUUGAAUAUCUACUUGAAAAAACAUAUUUACAAAUAGACUUUUAGUCGAUGCAAAACUGAAUAAUAGACUUUAAAUUGUUUAUGAGAGGAAAAGUAAAAAAUAUACUUUUUGUACAUGUUUACAGGUUCAGCAAUAAAGUAAAUCCCAUUUUAAAUGAAUCUUUUAUUUAUUUGCAUUUUGUAUUUAAUGUUUCAUUUGGGAUAUAAGUACAGUAAUAAAUCACUGUAAAAUCAUGUCAAGUAGAAAUCUCCUAAAAGUCAGGAAAUAGCCUAACCUUAUAUAGUACUUAAUUUUUGUACAAAUUUUAAAAAAACAGCUUUAAAACUUUUCUGUUUAACUUAAUUUUUUUUUUUUUUUUGAAAUUUAUUUAUGCAAAAAGCCCAAUAAUUACCAUCAUGCAUUGCUGGCAGCUGUGAUAUAAAACAGAGUUAACUUGCCUAUUUAUUCUUUAGAUCUAUUAUGUUUGGAAAAAAGCUUAUAUAUUUGUUAAAUAAUUUGAUCUUUCAAAAACUACAAAUAAUAAUAAAGAUAAUAUCAGGAGAGAAAAAAGCUAUUUGUUGAGCUACUCCAUUUGUACUAAACUUCUUAUCAUCAAUCUUUUAUCAAUCUGAGAAAGCAUUAUUUUUAUAAUUAAAAUAAUAAACUUUUAUCGAAUAUACACCUGAUUACACAUUUGUAUAUUGAAAAUUAUUUUGUAAUAUUUAUACUGACUGUCUUUUUGACCCUAAAAUUAUCAAAUUAUGUUCAAACCAGCAAAUAAUUAUUUUUAUGCAAAUAAUAAUAUAAUUUUGUAAUUAUUUGUUAUAUUUAUGAAUAAACUUUUUGUAUGAUGUCUGUGCUCUUUAUUUUUACUAAUGGAUCUGCUGUGAUGUCAAGUAAUAUGACAACUCUGCCUUUCUGUGCAAGGAAAACAUACCUUGAA